CCCCGCUCAGUGCAUUGCCGCGGCAUGAGAUCAGUGUGAGCUCUUCCUAUUAUCACUGGUUGUCUGUCGUCGUCUGCUGCUGGCAGGAGCCCGCACACCGGAUACGUGCACCGAGAGAGACGGGGCUCUGCCCGGGGCAGGAACCAUGGACGCGGGCAUGGAGAAGGAGUGCAGCGCGCUCGGAGGACUCUUCCAAACCAUCAUGAACGAUAUGAAGGCCAGUUAUCCGACAUGGGAAGACUUCAUCAGCAAGGCUAUAAAGUUACAGUCCCAGCUAAGAACCACGACCAUUGUAACGGGAUCGUUUUUGGACGCUUUUCAGAAAAUUGCAGAUAUGGCUAUAAAUACCAGAGGAGCUACAAAAGAAAUCGGUUCUGCACUGACCAGGAUGUGUAUGAGACACAGGAACAUAGAGUCUCGGCUGAAGCACCUCACAGUAGCCCUGAGUGACAGCUUAAUAAACCCCCUAGAAGGAAAAAUUGAGGAGUGGAAGAAAAUUGCAAGCCAACUUGACAAGGACCACGCAAAAGAGUAUAAGAAGGCCCGGGCCGAGAUUAAGAAGAAAUCCUCAGAUACAAUAAAGUUGCAAAAGAAAGUGAAGAAAGGCAAAGAUGAUGCUCGGAUGCAGCUGGACAGCGUCCUGCAGGAUGUCAAUGACAAGUACAUGCUUCUAGAAGAAACCGAGAAGAAGGCUGUGUAUCGAGCAUUAGUGGAGGAACGAGGGCGCUUCUGCAUGUUCGUGUCAUUUCUCAAGCCAGUCUUGGAUGAAGAGAUUGGCAUGCUGGGAGAAAUAACUCACUUACAGACCAUCCUAGAAGACCUGACAAAUCUGACAGCUGAACCAAACAAACUGCCCCCCUUGAGCGAGCAGGUGAUACACGAUCUGAAGAACUCAGAUUACAAUUUCAUUUAUCAGACCCCACCCGCCUCUCCAAGUGGAACAUUAUCACGAAAGGCCAGCACCAACAGUAAUUAUCUGCAUGGAUCCAUAAGGCAUGUCCCAUCUAUGGACUCAAUCUCAAGCUCAAUGGAAACCCUCCAUAUUCGUCAACCUUCCACCAUAAUGCUGGAGACUAUGUUCCAGGAUCCCAAAAUGGUGAACAGCAGUCCACAAGUAUCUCCCAUUAGUGGACCUAGUGGAGAGAAUGGCAGUUUCAAAUCAAAUCUGACCAACGAUGGAUUCAAGGCUCCACCACCAGUCAUGGCUAAGCCAAAACUUGCACGUGAUCACCUAGCUUUGGCUUUAAGUCAAGGCCUGAACUCCGAAAUCCAACUUAGCCGUGAUUCUUUGCAUUGCUCCAGUGGGUACAGCACACAGACCACUACCCCUUCAUGCUCCGACGACACCAUUCCCUCUCAUGCCUUAAAGAAGGAACCCUCUCUUUUUGUUGCAGACUAUGAUUAUAUCUCGCUGCAUGGAGAACAAGAAGAAACCGACCAACUGGAUUUUGACAAGUCAUCUACGAUCCCCAGAAAUAGCGACAUAAGCCAGAAUUACAGAAGAAUGUUUCAAGUCAAGAGGCCCGCGUCAACCGUCAGUCUUCUAGCGGAGCCUGACCCGCUUGUCCGAUUACCUUACGUUGCCACCAUAAAGAGGAAACCUUCCAACAAGCCAACCAUAAGGAGAGGCACGAUCAGCGGCGUUCCGAUACCUAUCCGAACUCCCGUGGUGCCAGUUAUGACCCCAACUUUACCAUAUGCUCCCGCAAACCCCUUUGGUGAGAGGACGAACAGCAAAGAUUUCUCUUCUACCCAGGAUCAUAGAUCAGAUCUCGGCCAAAUAAAGCCAGGGCUGUGUUCUUCUGCUCAAAGCCUCAACGCCAUCCAAACAACAUAUUGUGCCUUUAUACCUAAGCAAUCCUUUUCCUAUUCUCAAGGGAUCAAUCCGCUGUCCUUGAACACACAGAAAGCGUUUGCAAGCAGCCCAGGACCAAUAGAUAGCACACAGACACCCGCUGCCAGUGAAGCCACCAGCGUCAGCAAUAAUGAGGCGGUCGUACACCAGGACGAUAUGCUCUCAAUGAUAAAGCGUGGAGUGAAGCUUAGAAAAACAAUCAGCAAUGAUAGAUCAGCCCCGCAGUUCAAGUGAAGCAGGUUGCCUCGCUUGCCCUUUGCUUCGGUUAAAGAGACGAUAUUUUUAUUACUAUUAUAAAGACUUUACGUUCCGAUUGUUUCUGGUCAUCGGCUCGGCUAGCUGCCAUGAUGCAGGGUUCUGUUCGCUCUCGGUCUGUACCUACAUUUAUCUUCCAGGAUUGUUUUAGUUUAUUUUUUAGCGUGCUUUUUAUCUUAGUGCUAUGUAUUUUAGAGGAUUUAUUUCGCUUUGGAUCACUUUCUAGCUCUCAGGCCAGAGCCGUGAUGGCAAAGUGCCUUGACCCAGGUAGAGCAGUUUGGACACUGUUGUCUCUGCUUGAAUCUGAAUGUUUCUUUUUAGACACAAGUUGUUCCCUGGUGUCGUCUCAAGUCUUAGAGGCCAGAAGAAGUCCUGUUCUUAUCCUUGUCUCUCAUGCUUUAUUUUUAUUUUUUGUUAAAUUUGCAGGACUGGCUUCCUGCAGCCCUCAAUGAGCAGACGUGUUGCUUUACAGUUGAGUGCAUAGUAACCUCUAGAACAGUGGUCGCAAACCCCACACUGCACUGGCUCGUAACCCCGUGUUUUGUCAGUCCAGAGUUAAAGGGGUUGUCAUCUCGUACAUUGGCGGCAUAUCACUAGGAUAUGCCACCAAAAGGUGCGGGUCCCACCUCUGGGGCACGCACCUAUCUUUAGAACAGAGCCCGCAAAGUGAAGGCGGGUGCACCACGCACACGUGGCCACCCUCCCUUCAUUUCUAUGGGAGUGCCUAGAAUGCUGGGUCAGCUGUUUCCGGCAUCCACAUAGAAAAGAGUGGAGCAGUGGCGCGCUGUUUGGCUAUUUUCGGCACUCCCAUAGAAAUGAAUGGAGGGAAACUGUGCAUGUGCGGUGUGCCAUCCUUCACUUUGUGGGCUCCAUUCUAAAGAUAGGUGCACCUAUCAGACACUGAUGCCCCAAAUUUAAUAUGUCUCUCUCUUUUUAUGUGGCUUCCGACCAUGGCUCACAUGGUUCUAAAGGUUGGGGACCACUGCCCUAGGAUACGCCAGCGGUUACUGUAAUGCCGCCAAUACAGGGCCGUAUUUAUCACACUUAAUCAAAAUGCAUUGUGAAUAUUGUACUUUUUUAUUUUUUUAUAAUGCCACCUUUUGUGUUGCCCACAAGUUGGAUGCCAACAUUACACUUGAAUUAGAAACUGGUUACUGUCAGAAGUAUGGGAAGUACAGUGUAUAGCCAAUUUUUCUUUGUACAGAGAUGCACCACAUUAAAGCAGAAUUAUUUAUUUAAGAGUUACUUUAUUCUUAUUUAAUAAUCAUACUGACUACUUUAAGUGAUCUUUAGGCUGCAGCGAUUUGACCUGUGGCCAGCGAGUGGCAUGGCGGCACACAGUGGUGCGGUCCAGAUAUCCCAGUGAGCUGCACUGCCCGGUGCAUGACUGUGAGCCGUGACUCCAUAGACUUUCAUGUUCUAAAGUCUCUUCUCCAUUAAUGUAUUCUAGAGUCCGUUUACCAUUAAUGUAGUAUGGAAACGGGGGUAACAUGCAGGCUAGCUGUUUGUACGUGACUUUGUGCAUCCUUCUUGGAUAUACACAUGAUAAAGCCACCCUUACAAUAAGUCUUGUGCUGGCUGCAGACAUUAUAUAGGACUGUUCAGAAGAUGUGCUAUGCCACUCGGUUUGUGGCAUUUUGUAGCAGUAGGUGUACAUGCGAUGUGAGCUUCAGUCUGCUUGCAGAUAAGUAAGUUACUGCGGAACGGGUCAGAACCUAGGGAGAAUUCAGCACGAGUUAUGUGAUUGGGUAGAAGAGAUUGCGUAGUGGCAUUAAGUACCAGGCUGUAAUGCAAUGUAUAAAGUUGAUCUAGUGUUUGCCACCUGCUGGUCAAAACUGGCAUGUACAGAAGACCCUAAAUUUGAUCUUAUUAUUAGCAUUAAAGGGAUUGUGCAAAGUUUCAAACUUAUCCAAAGAGAGUAAUCGCUGGGGUCCAACUGCUAGAACCCCCUUUUAAUCAUGAGAGCGGGGGUCCCGUGUCUUCCGUGUGAAUAGAGCUGUACUCCAAUAGAGAUAGAUGGAGCGGCUGUCUACACCCAACAUACUGAAGUGAACUCAUUACCGGCAUUUGCUGUGAGCUGCAAAAUCAUAAGAAUUAUAAUCACAAUAAUCUGUAUAAAUUCCUCAAGCUUAAAGGGGUUUUCCAAGUGUUUCAUGCUGAUAACUUAUCCUCUGGAUAAUUCAUCAGUAUCUGAAUAGGUUUCAAACUCCGAUGAGCUCUUUGUCUAUUGUACUGUGGAUGGGCUUGGUAUUGCAUCUCAGCCCCUUCGCUGGGACUAAGCUCCGCCUAAGCCAUGUGACUGAUGAGCGUGACGUCACUGACCUAGGAAUUGACAACCCCUUUAAAAAAAAAAAAAAAAAAACACGGGCCACCCAAGACUAUUGGGUUUAUUAGACCCUUCAAAGCCUAUUUGGCUUAUUAGACCCUUCAAAGCCUAUUUGGCAAUUUGCACUUAAAGGAGUUGUGCAGUGCUUAGAUAUUGAUGACCUAUCCAGCUGUUUGAAGGGGUAGAGGCGCCAAUGCAAGGGCUGCUUCCGCUUCAAAAUUCCCUGUGUGCCUUCUCAUUUGCAGAGGCGGCGCAGUGUGAUUACAACUGCUCGUCCCAUUGGCCUGAGCAGUUGUAAUUACACUGCGCUGCCUCUACAAGCGAGACAAUGUGUAAUUAUGAAGCGGAAGCAGCCCUCACACUAGAGCCGCCAUCCCUUCAAACAGCUGAUCGGCGGGUGUGCCAGAAGUCAGACCCCUGCUGAUCCUGAGCAUAGGUCAUCCAUAUCUUUGCACUGUGCAACCCCUUUAAGAAGCCAUAUAUCAGUUUAGAAGCAAUGACUAACUAUAAAUCUAUAUAUAUACUCCCAGAGCAGUUCUUUAUAAAAUAUUUUUAAAAAAACUCUUGAUAUGCUUCAUCAUCUUCAAAAUAUAUUGCACUGUGAAACGUAGAGAGACCUGGGAUUAUAUUUUAGCCUUCGCAACGCAUUUUUUUCUAAUUUUAUUUUUGCAUUUUUGCUUCUCAUUAGUUCACCAUAUCCAAAGUCACAUUGUCAUUCAGAAUAUGGCAAUCUUAUGGAAAUGAAAGUCUAACCAGUUUCAGCAGUUGCCUAUCAAUGAUUCUGCUUUGUUUCAAAAGCUUUAGACGCACCCUGCACAAUUUAACGCAACUGUGGAAGAAAAAAAAUUAAAAAAGAAAGACGCUUGUGUUGAUUUUCCCUGUCACUUGACGUUUAUAUAUUUGUACUUUGUCAAAUCGUCUUGAAUCUUGCUUUAAAAUAUAUAUAUUUUGUGUCUCUAAAUUUUGUGGUCUUUUAUGUUAACUGUAAAUAUUUUGGUGACUUUUCCUUUUAAGAAUUUCCACCUGGGGGUAAAGUUUUCUGUACUACUUUUUUGGGGGGGGUUUAGAGGCAUUUUGAUUGCUUGAUUAUUUGUUGGAUUAUUUUUUUCAUUACGCUUGAUAAGAUUAUAUUUAACAGCAAAAAAAAGUUUAAAUUGAAAAAAGAGAAAAAUCAACAUGUCUACUGUAAGUUAAAGUGGAUCUCUGAUAUGCACAUAGCAGAGGCAGCCAUUUUUAGAGCUGCACUAGUAUUAAUGGGAAUCUACUAUGUCGGUUACUACCCUAUAUGUCGGGUAUCAUGGCCACCAUAGGCUUUAGAUUGCUGUUGGUGACUAAGGAAUCUCCUAAAUUGGCUAUAUUGGCCAGCUAUUUAUAUUGUUCUCCUGGAGAUGAGUGGCGUAAGAGUCACCUUCAUAGUGAUAAACGUGUACUUUUGGUCCUAUGGGGAUCAGAGGUCGUUGGGGGGGGGGGGGGGGGGGGUUCUUUACAAAGGGUUCAAAAUGGGAUAAAAAAAAUAGAAAGACGAAGGGAUACUCUCUCCUCUAGUCCCCAACCGCUCCCAUUCCAACGCCUACCGGGUCACAGUAGGUCUCUGCUUCCUAGUCCACUCUAAAUACACAGUUAGUGCCCCAAGAUCCCUGCUCAGCUAGUUACUUGCUGAGAUGGGUCCUCACUGUGGCCAGUGAUUGGCUGAGCAGGGGGAACAGGAAGUAAAGGGCAGCCCAGUAAUCGCUGAAGCGGGAGCAUGGGAGUGACAAUGGCUUCUUUUAUUUAAUUUUAUUUUAAGAAACCUUUCUGAACAACCCCUUUGAUGGACAGAAAUAAUGUAAUAUGUAGGGCCAGCUUUAGAGGCAGUGCCUCAGUGAAUAUACCUUUAAGCAACUUGGCUACAGAAUGGACACCUCCAUUGUGUAUAGGAAAGAAAUCCUCUUAAUUUUAAAAAAAAAAUUGGGGGGGGGUAAGCAUUUUUUCUUUCUUUAUAGUCUAGUAUAGAAAUCAUUUUGAGAACUUUAUUGCAAAAA